GAGCGCGCUAGCGCGAGAAAGCGAGUGAGCAAGCGAGCAGAAAAGAGGUGGAGAGGGGGGAAUAAGAAAGAGAGGAGGAAAGGAGAGAAGGCAGGAAGAAGGCGAGGGACGGUACGACCAUGCUGUGCUGCAUGAGAAGAACCAAACAGGUUGAAAAAAAUGAUGAGGACCAAAAGAUUGAACAAGAUGGCAUCAAACCAGAAGAUAAGGCGCAUAAGGCCGCGACCAAAAUUCAGGCUAGCUUCCGUGGACACAUAACGAGGAAAAAGCUCAAAGGAGAGAAGAAGGGUGACGCCCAGGCUGCCGAGGCUGCCGCGAAGGAGAAGGACGAGGCCCCCGUGGCGGACGGCCUGGAGAAGAAGCAGGGAGAGGGUCCCACCGCGCCCGACGCGGCCCCGGCCUCGGGCCCCAAGUCCGAGGAGGCCAGCAAGGCGGGCGAAACCGCCUCCGGGGAGAAGCAGGCGGAGGGCGCCCCGGAUGCCGCCACCGAGCCGGCGGCCCCCCAGGCCCCUGCGCCCUCGGAGGAGAAGGCCGGCUCUGCCGACACAGGAAGCGCCGCCACGGCGCCCGCUGACGCCCUGCCGUCCUCCAAGGCGGAAGACGCCCCAGCCAAGGAGGAGCCCAAACAAGCCGACGUGCCUGCUGCCGCCGCCCCUGCCGCGCAGGACGCUGUUGCCAAGGCAACGGCCCAGCCUCCCGCGGAGCCUGCGGAGAGCAGCCCAGCGGAGGAGAAGAUGGGUGAGCGGGCGGCGGGCGCGCUGCCGCGGAAGCUGUAGAUGAAACCAAACCUAAGGGAAGUGCCCGGCAGGAUGAGGGUCAAGGAGAAGAACGGGAGGCUGACCAAGAACAUGCCUGAACUCUAAGAAAUGGCUUUCCACAUCCCCACCCUCCCCUCUCCUGAGCCCUGUCUCUCCCACCCUCUUCUCAGCUCCCCUCUGAAGUCUCCCUUCCUGUCCUGCUCACGUCUGUGAGUCCGUCCUCUCCCACCCGCCAGCCCUCUUUCUCUCUGUGUGGCAAACAUUUAAAAAAAAAAAAAAAGCAGGAAAGACCCCAAGUCAAACAGUGUGGCUUAAACAUUUUUUGUUUCUUGGUGUUGUUAUGGCGAGUUUUUGGUAAUGAUGAUCCAAUCAUUUUGGGAAAUUCUUGCACUGUAUCCAAGUUUUUUGAUCUGGUGCGUGUGGCCCUGUGGGAGUCCACUUUCCUCUCUAUCUCUCUGUUCCAAGUGUGUGUGCAAUGUUCCAUUCAUCCGAGGAGUCAAAAAUACCAAGUGAAUUCAAAACCAUUUUUCUUUUCCUCCUUUCAAUGUGAUGGAAUGAACAAAAAGGAAAAAAAAUCUAAAAUCCACUUUGUUUUGAAAAUAAAUAAAUAAAGCAAAUGUGCCAAUUAGCGUAACUUGCGGCUCUAAGGCUCCUUUUUCAAUCUGAAUAAUAAUAAAUCACGAGAGUAAUCAA